GGUCAAAAGGGGACGGAAGAACGCGAAAGCCUCCAGCAGUCGCAACAAGUCCUCCCAGCCCAGCAGCGCGCGCCCUCCCAUACCCGCCCCAAGUACCCUCCAGCAUGAGCAAAGCCAACAAGCGCCGCGAGACGGACGUCAUGAAGCUCAUGAUGAGCGACUACGAGGUGCAUCUGACGGACGAGACCAAGACCAACGACCUCGACGUCAAGUUUCACGGCCCGGAAGACACCCCGUACGAAGGAGGUUGCUGGAAGAUCCACGUGACGCUGCCCAAAGACUACCCCUUCAAGUCGCCGUCCAUCGGCUUCGUGAACCGCAUCUACCACCCGAAUGUGGACGAAACGUCUGGAUCUGUGUGCCUGGAUGUGAUCAACCAGACGUGGAGCCCCAUGUUUGAGCUGGUCAACAUUUUCGACUUGUUCAUUCCUCAACUGCUGCGAUACCCGAACCCAAGCGACCCACUGAACGGAGAGGCCGCCUCGCUGCUCAUGAAGGACGCCGAGUCGUACAAUAGAAAAGUGAAAGAGUAUGUGCGCAACUACGCGUCGCAGCCCAUCGAAAUGGGCAACCAGGAAGAGGACAGCGAUGUCAGCGAUAUGAGCGACAUCGAGUAGUGCGUGUUGCACACUGACUCACUUCACAGUAGACCGACCGAUCUGUUGAAUGCUGCUCGCAGUACAGGUCAUAAGCUAGAUCUUACUAUGUCUCCACGCUGCAUG